AUGGCUGAAUCCUUUGUGCUCAACACCGGUGCAAGGAUCCCAUCAGUUGGCCUCGGCACGGCGAUGGGGAAAGCCGAACCCGGCGUCGUACGGGAGGCCGUCUACGCCGCCGUCAAGGCUGGAUAUCGGCAUAUCGACUGUGCUCCAGCGUACCGCAAUGAGAAGGAGAUUGGUCUCGCUCUCAAGAAAUUAUUUGAUGAAGGCGUGGUUAAGCGUGAAGAUCUAUUUAUCACUUCUAAGUUGUGGUCUGGUAAUCAAGCCCCAGAAGAUGUGCCAGAGGGCAUUGACACCACUCUUCAAGAUUUGCAGCUGGACUACUUAGACCUUUUCCUUAUCCAUGCUCCACUUCGUUCGAAGAAAGGUGCCAUCCCAACCCCUGAAAACUUUCUUCCUGUUGACAUUCCUGCUACUUGGGGAGCAAUGGAGAAGUUAUAUGCCUCUGGUAAGGCCCGUGCGAUCGGUGUGAGUAACUUUUCUUGUAAGAGGAUGGAGGAUUUGCUUGCCACUGCAAGUGUACCUCCAGCAGUCAACCAGGUUGAGUGCCAUCCAGGUUGGCAGCAAAUGAAACUCAGGGAACUUUGCCAGUCAAAGGGUGUUCAUCUUUCUGCAUAUUCACCCUUAGGAAAACAUGGAUCACCAGGAUCCACGGGUCCAAGCUUUCUUAGCAAUCCCAUUGUCAUCUCUGUUGCGGAGAAGUUAAACAAAACUCCUGCGCAGGUUGCCCUACGCUGGGGUCUUCAAAUGGGCCAGAGUGUACUCCCGAAAAGCACUAAUGAAACAAGAAUAAAGGAGAACUUAAGCAUAUUUGACUGGUCUAUCCCUGAAGAUUUGAUGGCGAAUUUCUCUGAAAUUCAGCAGGUUAAGGUGCUAAGAGCUGAAUUUGUGGUUCACCCCCAAGGUAUUUUCAAAACCGUGGAGGAUUUUUGGGAUGGUGAAAUCUGA